AUUGUUUUAGGUGACUUUAACCUGAGCUAGUAAACACUUUUAACGUUUAUUAUGGAAUCAUGAAGGGAGUUAUUUUUGUAUGGUUUAUGUUGAGUGCGUUUUCAGUGAAUAGCUUAAGCAUUCAGAGCUUCCUGAAAGACUUGAACCCACUUCCUCCCACCACACAAACAGACGAAACAAAAUACAUCACCAUAAACAUUCGUAUUCACGUAGACAACAAGCUUUUAGAAUCACUGAAAACCACAUACGAGUGGAAAAAUGAUACUCAGAAAAAACUAGCACAGAUUCUGCUCAAAGAUACCUCAGAGCUCUUCAGCGAUCCAAUACUUCAGGCCAAAGUGAAGUUCAAUCCUUUGAGUGAAAGUCGUUUAGUCGUAGCACAGCCGUUCUUUUACGAUGGACCUUUGGAGAAGUACUAUGAUGCUUACUGCAACUGGCAAGGAGGACUCAAGACCAAGAGGAGAGAGAGUUACUACUCUGUGCUGUUGACUGAACGGAAAGUUGACGAUGCCUAUGGCUAUGCAUCAAGAGGGGGAAUAUGCAGCAGGCUGCACAGCUGCACCGUGAUACAGUGGAUUCCUGAAAAACUUGACUAUUUACUGGCUAAAUCUAUAGGAUUGAGCAUCGGCAUGUUGCCAGCUAGCGAAGGCAAGACCUGCUCUCCAGUCGGUAUUAUGGAUAACUUGACCAAAACCGAUGGUCAUGUCUGGACGAAAUGUAAUGCUGAAGAAAUGAGAAACUUUUUACAAACUGAUGCAGCUAAAUGUUUGAAGAGCGGGCAGCAUCAUUUGGUCUCCACCGAUGAGGCAUCAGAUCCCGUCAACGUUGCACUGAAAAAGUGAUUUAACUGCAAUAAUGUAGAGAAAUCAACUAUCUAAGAUACCUAUAAAAUAUUAUUACUUAUACACCCUAGUAAUACAGUCACGAACAAUGAAAAAGUUCCUGUAACAAUAGCGCCAAAUUACUCCUAAACUAAAAAGGCUAUCUGAAUGAUCCUGUCUGCAAUAAAGAAGUACAUUUUAACAGCGCAUCAGAAUAAUAACCAACAAAAAAGAUAAAAAUAUUGUGUUAAUAUUUUUAAUUAUAUAAAAAAUGGGGUCAUUUUGUAAAUGGAACUUUUUCAUUGCUUGUGAGUGUAUUAUGUUUAUUUAGCACAUCAUUAACGUUAAGGUAUGGUAUGCGAAAACAAUAAAAUUCUUUGCAUUAAUGAAAUACUUUUAAUUGAUAUGAUUCUCUCUGUAUUUGUAAAUAUACAUCACUUGUAUAUAAAAUAUAAAUCUUGUAAUAUUAGCUUAUAUAAAAGAGACGAAAUAUCUGGACUGGUCAUAAUACUGAAAACUUUUCACAAUACACUACUGAGCAUGAUCGAGAGAAGUGCUUUGGUCACUGAAAUAAUCCAGUUUCUUUAUUAUUUUCUAUUGGAUUGUUGAUUGAUAAACAUUUAGUCAAAUUUCGUUGGUUAUUGAGUGAUAUAUUGUGUUUUGGGAAACUGUGUUUCAAAGUGGUUUACUUACUAAAAAUGAAGUGGCAUCAAUAUGUGUUAGUCACAAUUAUCGCUUUGGUAGCUGAAAGCAAGCAUUUUAAUAUAGGAAAAUCAUUCAUCAGUGAAGAGAGAAGCAACGAAAACAACAACAAAAAAUCAGACCCAAAAUCCUCCAGAAAUGAAAUAAACUCACAAGCUAACUCAAAAGACAUGGAUUCCAAAUCAGUUCUCUACAUAAACAUCGCAGUUCACUUUGACUACGGUCUGACUCAGCACCUAAGAAAGUACCUCAAUGCGACAUACAAAAACACACUCAAACAAUUCGCUAGUGUUGUAAUAGACGACAUAGAUCAAAUAUUCAAAGAUCCAGAACUAAAAGUCAAGAUACAUUUCAAUAAAUUAGACGUGAAGUUUCUGAAACCGACGCCUCAGUUUGAUGCGAGGGAGUUGGAGACCUACGCGUAUCUGAAGAGCUACUGUAAAUGGCAGUCGCUGAUCAAGAUGAAGAGGAACAUUCAGUACUAUUCGGUGUUGCUGACUAACAGGCAGUUACUGGACUACGGCUACGGGAACCCUCCAGAAUACACUAGUCACAGCUUCAGAGGCAGUAUAUGCAACAAGCAGUUGAGCUGCACAAUAGUUGAGUGGAAUGUCGACAGAAUGACGUUCAUGCUGGGAAAAUCUAUUGGACAUAGUCUAGGCAUGGUGCGAGACGGUCCCCCGCAGAACUUCUGCCGCCCCGAGGGCAUCAUGAGCGUGGACACAGCCUCCGAGCCGCGCUUCAACAACACCUUCUUCACGCCGUGCAACCUGCGCGAUUUCAGGAACUUCAUUGCAACUGGUAAAGCCGACUGCUUGUUCCCAAAGUGAGUUAAAUUUAAAAUAAUUGAAGAUAUUAAAUUAUCUACUUGAAGUUCUAUUUGUGAAAGCAAUGUGAUGAUAAUAUAACUUAUGAUAAAAGUAUAAGUUAGUAUAUAAGGUAAAUUUUGUGAAUAAAUCGUUUAUUAAGACUGCAAAUACUGAUUAAAGUAUACUUUU